UUUCAAAGUCCCGUUGGGCGGGCCGAGACCAUGCCACUCUGCGCCACCGUACUGACCGGCGUGUCGUUCCGUUCAUUAGCGAGUAAACGGUUCACCCAGCUAUAAACCAACGUCAUCGUCAUGCCACGCGCCGGCCUCCGAUUUUCUGCAUUUGACUCUAGGUUCCUGGAACCCCCAAAAAAAACCCCAUCAUCAUUAAAUCAUGGCAGCCAGAGAACUUGUCGUCGUGGUGCUCAACCAGACCAAUGAAGAACUCGUCAUCGACAGCGGGUCCCUGCAUCUCGAGCAAGGAGAGUGGAUGACGGGCACUCCCGAAUCGCAUCCUCCGGAGGAGAUUCGCGCUGGGGAGAGCGGUAUGUGGCGCUGCAGGUCACCCCACGUGGGAGCCGGGACGGCCGGGUCAGUUAAAUACCGAAUCGCCGGGUAUGGGCCCCGAGGCAAGCUCAUGUUUUCUUGGGACGUCCGCUACGUGGGACCCAGCAAGUUCGGUCACGGAAGCGAGUCGGAUGAGUUUACCGUUAGGGUUAUGGGAGGAAGCGGACGACAGGCCGUUGCAGUAUUUGUUGUCGGUAUGCAUAGCAAACCCUACAACUUACGGUGUUGUCGGUAGCAG